CCUAGGUCUACCUUUUUCACGGUGUUUUUCGACGCUUUUAAUGUUUGUUUUAGGUACAAUAUGUCAGAAUUACGAAGGAGGAAGGCUGGUCCCAGAAAAGACAAGAAUCGGCCUUCGGCACCUCAUGCGAACGACAGUUCGAAAGGCCAGCUGAAAUCUGAAAGGAAACCGGAACAAGGGGUUUGGUAUACUUGCGUUAAUUACAUCUUUGGAGCGACUGUUGCCGUGAUUGUGGGACUCAGAUAUGCUCUAUAUGUGCGGGAACUUCACGAAAAUGAUAUGUGGUUCUCCAACAUAGGCCAAAUAGAGAGGGAAAUAUCCUUCAGAACAGAGUCUGGAUUAUAUUUUUCAUUCUACAAGCAAAUAGUACUAGCGCCAUCGUUAUUACAAGGUAUUCACGAUGUUAUGCAUGACAAUAGAACAGAGCACCUGAGGACAAUAAAUAUUUUAGAGAGAUUUAAUAUUUAUCAAGAAGUUAUUUUAGCAGCUCUGUACAGAAUUUUACCAUUACAGGGAUCUGUGGAAUAUGUGUACUUUUAUAUUGAUACGAUCUUUGGCUUACAUGGGAUGUACAUGGUGUCAUUGUUUGUAUCAUCAUGGUUACUGAGUGGUUCUUGGCUGGCUGGGCUGCUGUCUGCAAGUUUCUAUAUUUUUAACAAGAAUGAAACUACACGACUGUGGUUUACAAUUCCACUGCGUGAGAGUUUUGGAUUUCCAUUCAUUUUUGCACAACUUGCAUUUAUUACUGUUUACUUUAAGAGGAAUGUUUCUUCACUUGCUCAGGCAGUAUGUUUGGUUGGCAUAGCAGUUUCAACAUUUUUCUUUACAUUAGUGUGGCAGUUUGCCCAGUUCAUCCUUCUUUUGGAGUCUAUGGCAUUCUUUGGUACCUAUUCCCUUGGCUUUAUCCCCAAAUAUAAGGCUCGCACUAUGUACCUGAUGGUGAUUAGUUCUCUUCUUGGAGUGUGUAUUUUACAGUUUGUGAAUGACAUGAUUCUUUGUUCUCUUGCACUGAGUUUUGCCAUUGCAUCUCUUAUUCUCGUGACUUUCCAUGUGAGUUACAAUUCAAAUGAUAGUUUCAUCUACAAAGUGUUGAAGCUUAUCAUCAAUAUUGCUGCUGCUUUACUGUUAGCAGGAUGCAUAAGCUUUGUCUCUAAGGUUAUAUUCAGAAUAGAAUCCGAUGAGCACAUCUUCAAGUUCCUUAAGUCGAAGUUUGGUUACGGUAUUGGAAGGGAUUUCGAUUCGCUGCUGUAUCUUUGUGAAAAAGCAUUCCAAUUCUGUCCCUUGGCUGUCUACUCGAGACUUACCACCGGUGUAGUUUUCCCGUGUUAUGUCGUGUCUUUGUUAGCUGUACUGUUUCUGUUGGCCUAUACUGUAUUCAUGAAUUGGAGAUCUAAACCUGAGGAUACUGCUGAAGAAACCAAAUGUCUUUACCUCAACUCUCAUCCUGAGGUAGUUUAUCAAGCCAUACAGAGCGUUUUCUUUGGUGCGCUAGCUAUCACCACUGUCCGCUUCAAGUAUUUGUGGAUACCGCACAUGUGCCUGUUUGCCGCCGGAAUAUUCUGCAACCAGGCCUUCUGGAAAGCGGCUCUGAACAAAGUAGGAAUCAAGCAAAUAUAUGGAAAGGUCAUGGGUCAUGGCGUUCCUGUUAUGCUUCUUGCUCUUCUGCUCUACAAUCGUCUCCCCAAUGCUCUGAAAGAACUCGAAGAACUGAGAGAAUUCUACGAUCCUGACACUGUACAGUUAAUGAAAUGGAUAAAUGAGAACACCCCUCCAGAUGCUUCGUUCACGGGAAGUAUGCAGUUACUGGCCGGAGUAAAGCUCUGUACAGACCGACACAUCACAAACCAUCCGCACUACGAGAAUAAGUUCCUUAGAGAAAGAACUAAGCAGGUUUAUCAAAUUUACGCCCGACGACCGCCCGAAGAAGUAUACAAGAUUCUUCGGCAACACGGCACAGACUACAUUAUUUUAGAAAACAGCAUUUGUCUUUCACAACAAGAUCGGGGCUGCAGGCUUGUCGACCUACUCGAUUUGGAUAAUGGUCACAUGAUCGAGGGCGGCCAAUCAGAGGAAGGAUUGCACUUAACAAAUGUUCCACGUUUCUGUAAAGCUAUAAAAACAGAUGUUAAGAAUUUUAGUCCGUAUUUUAAGAAAGUUUUUGAAAAUCGUACUUUUUACUUGUACAAACUUUUAUGAAUAUGAACGUGUUUUUGUCAGCUUCAUAUCCAACCUUGUCACUUCGUCACAAUAUAACGGUGCAGGUUUUCCAGCCCAGACAAUGGGUACAAAUGUUAUUAAUGGUUAAAAUUAGUUAGGCCACAAUUGAAUAAACAUCGAUAUUUGAAUUUUGAAAAACAGGCUAUGAUCAGCGGUAUUAAUACAGUUAAUAGUAAUCUUUUUAAA